CCUGAUUAGCUAUCUGCUUUGAGUUGUCAGGUUUCCAUCAAAUGCUGUAUAUAUAUGUAUAUAUAUAUUUUUUUCGAAGAAAGUACAGUCCUUCAGUUUUCCUUCCAGAAGGGACCCAUUGGUCCAAUAGCUAGAGGCUGGAACUGAUAUAUAUGCCACUUGGAGAAUGGAAAAGUUACACAGGUCCCUUCUCUAUACCUUUAUGUUCUGUGUAGGCUGAAUAAGUACCAAACUUACUGAAGGAGACAAAAUGGAAUGAGUUCCUUAUUCCAGUCCUGGCCUUCAAACAAAGUGAAAGUGAAGAAUCCCUCCACUAUUUUCCUAUCAUCUUGUUGCUACUCAAAAUCAACGAUGUUUAAAUGGCUAACAGUGAAAUGAAACUAAGACUACUGGAUCCUUUAAUAAACACAGAACUGAGCAACAAGGCAUGCCAAAAAAGGACACGUAACAGCUGGAGCAUUGCUCUUUCACCGAAUGCAAACUAACCGGAAUUUAAAAAGAAAAAAAAUAGGAACCAAUAAUGUCCUCAAACAUUCCUGAGGUGAAGCAUAUCUCUCCAGCAUUUCAAUUUUUUUCCCCAUAUGUAUCUAAUGCAAAGUUUUAGAUGCCCCAGUCAACAGAAUCUUCCAUCAGAAAGUGAAGAUGGCUUAGAAGCUUUCAAGACAUCAUAGAUAAUGGAUUCCUCCAGUCAAUAUCAAAAUAAAAAUUCCACUAGUAAUUCCGAGAAUAAGGUUCUGAAACUUUGCCUGAAGCGAAUACGAAUUACUGGGAAAAGAUUAGCCUGGUGAAUCUAUUCUUGUACCUCUUGUAAGGUGUCAAGAGUUUUGACAAUUUCUGGUACAGAGGAAUAAUAGAUAGCAAAGCUGCUAUCCUAGAUUUAGAAAUAUAACUUGCAUAGAGGGGACCCACAAAUGCAGAGAACUGAAAGGACAAGAUCUCUUUCUCAGUCAGUGAAGAGAUUGGAUUGGGUCCAACCCUUAGAUGGCCCUGCUCAAGAUUCUAUGCCUCAGUUGGACCUACCACCAUUCUCUCUCUCCCUCUUCAUUCACUUAUAAGGAGACAUCUCGAGCACAUCCUUUAAUUGUGAGCAAAGAUUAAAGAAAAACUUAGAUAAGGAGCAGCUUCCGACGCUUCCUUUCAUCAAAUAUCAAUUCCAAGUUAAUAUUGUGUUACAUAGUAGGUAUUCAUAAAUCGCAUUUAAAGUGUCAAAGCAGAUAGGAAGCAGCACUAGAAGUUUCCAGACGAGGAGAUGUAUCAACAUCAAAUAAAGAGCCUUCACCCUUCCUCAAGAAUGUCUCUUCCUCCCGAAAGGCACCUGUUCCUGCAAGGUGGAAAUGGCCCUGGAGACUCCGGACUUGUUCUUUCUACUGAUGCUAAGCCAAGAUUAAAAUGGACUUCAGACCUCCAUGAAAGGUUCAUAGAAGCAGUCAAUCAACUUGGUGGAGCAGACAGUAAGAGAAUGAAUCACCAAUAAGUUUAAGAUUAUCUUAGUUUAUUAUCACGUUCAACCACUAAAUUUCUAUCACUUUACUUUUUGCAGAAGCAACUCCAAAAUCAGUAUUGAAGCUUAUGGGAAUUCAAGGGCUGACUUUGUAUCAUUUAAAAAGCCAUCUUCAGGUAACGGGAUAAUACAACACUGUUCAAUUGUUCUGUAUGUCAUAAAUUUAGAAUUAGUACCCCGUGACCUCUGUACACACAUUUCUAAACUUGUCAUCUGAACCAAAGAAGCGAAAUUAUUUACCAAUUAAUUCUACUUACAAGUUGGGGUGAACACGAAACUGACCUCUUAAUAUGUGCUGUCAGAAAUAUAGACUUAGCAAGAAUCUCCACGGACAAGCCAAUGCUGGAGCCAACAAAACUACUGCAGGAGAAAGGACCCCCGAUGUCAAUGCCACUCACAUUAAUAAUCCUAGCAUCGUACCUCAGGCCAACAAAAACCUACACAUAGGAGAAGCGAUAGAGAUGCAGAUCGAAGUGCAGAGAAGGCUUUAUGAGCAACUCGAGGUGCAACGUCACUUACAGCUCCGCAUAGAAGCUCAAGGAAAAUAUUUACAGGCAGUGCUCGAGAAAGCACAGGAGACACUUGGAAGACAGAACAUGGGAUCAAUGGGUUUAGAAGCUGCCAAGGUUCAAUUAUCAGAACUAACGAAAGUCUCCACCCAUUGCCUCAAUACAGCAUUUUCAGACAUGAAAGAACUCUCAGGUCUGUACCCCCAACAACAACAAACAUCCCAACCAACAGACAACUCCAUGGACAGCUGUUUGACGUCAUGUGAAGGUUCCCUGAGAGACCUAGAAAUGGCCAACAAUCCAAUGGUUGCCAGGUCUUUAAAUUUCACAAAAGCCACUGGGUUUAGCAACAUAAACAAUGAACAGUGUCUUGAACGUAGAUGGUGCGGAGACAUAAAAGAGAAGAGAAAGUUUCUGUCAUCUAUGAGUGAAGAGGAAACAGAAAAGGCAAGUGCUGCUGACAUAAAUGGAAGCAAUUUGUCAAUGAGCAUUGGGCUGCAAGGAGGUACAUGGAGUAGCAAUCACAGCAGCUACUCGGAGAAAAGAAUAAGAAGCACAGAGAGUAAUGACGUCAAAUUCUUUGAUCAACCUUCAAACAGAAACAAUUCCAUAGUGGCGGAAAAGAAGAGGUCCGCAGAAGAGUAUAAACUACCAUUCUUUGCUCCUAAACUGGAUCUAAACACUGACGAUAGUACUGAUGCAGCUUCAAGGUGCAAGCAGUUUGACCUGAAUGGUUUAAGCUGGCCUUGAGGAGUUAUACAUUAACACUAAAUGAGUAACGAACCCUUGUAAGAUUGGUGCUCUGAUUUUGAUUCUACCAGAGUUUCUUGAGAAAUUUUCAGGAUUUCCUAGCUAUCCCGAUGAAGGGGGUUGUAUGCCAUAACGCAUAGUUCAAUUAUCAACCGAUCAAAACCUUAAAUGCAAUAAUGUCAUUGCCUAAUUCAGCAAAUGAAAAAAUAACCUCCAUGGAAAUCAUCAAAUGUUCCGGUAUUUAAAUUGGUAAUAAAAUGUAAAUUGUUCUUACUACUAUUUUCAAAUUUUAUUCAACACAUCACAUUCAAAAAAAUCAUAAAUAAACUACGGGAAAAGAAAAAAAAAACAAAAUCAAAACCGAAAAUGUGGCUGAAUGAACGAGAACCACGGAGCAGCAAUUCAACAACCACUAAACAAAAAAAAAAAAAAAAUCAAUUGCGAUUCAGAAAAGAAAUCAGCUCAUGAACAAUCAUAGCAAUCCACUCUCCUGCUCUGAAUGUCCCAGCCACGGCGGCGAUAACAUUGAUCAUUGAAGGCAAUAUCAGGGUUUCAUUGAGAGAACAUAACAAAUCUAAAGCCGCGAAAACGAAGAUCAUGCACUUACCAGUUAACAGAAACGUACAAGUGAGCCAGCAGAGAUCACGAUCAGACUAACGGCGAGCCGAGGC